AGGGGGUCAGACUAGAUAAUGAUCCCUUCUGACCUUAAAGUCUAUGAGUCAUUUCCCUGUAGAGAAAAUUUCCAGCAGCUUGGGGAUAGCGAAUGGAGUUUUACAUCCAUCCCGCGGAUUUCCCUCUGCACAAAAGGGACUGACAGCUAGACCCUGCCCAGCAAAGCUCUGGGUCUGUACUCCCCCUGGCUGGCAGGGUCCCCUCAAGGGCUUGUACCUGCUCCAGGCCACUGCAGCCCCCAACAGGAGGGCACCCUGCGUGCACCCGCUGCGCUCUGCAGCCUGCCGGGCACCCUCAGAAAAGGAUCUGAAAACUUGCUGCCAGCUGGCUGCCAGGCACAUGCCUCCCCCCUGCCUCCCUCGCUGCGCUCAGGCAUGCAGCUUCCUGCCUCGGCCGCCCUCCUGGAGCUGCCCUGCCGGGGAGGGAGCUGCGGGCGCGCCCUGGCGCUGCAGACCUGACGCAGAUGAACGAGGGAGCAGCACAGGCCGGCAGCAUGAAGCACUGCUCAAUCCACUGGUUCCGUAAGGGGCUUCGCCUUCAUGACAACCCUGCCCUUCUGGCAGCAAUGAGGGACAGCCGCCAGCUCUAUCCCAUCUUCAUCCUCGACCCCUGGUUCCCAAAGAACAUGCGGGUCAGCGUCAACCGCUGGAGGUUUCUGGUCGAGUCACUGAGAGAUCUGGACGAAAGCCUCAAGAAACUGAACUCAAGGCUGUUUGUGGUGCGUGGCCGCCCCAUGGAGGUAUUCCCAGGCCUCUUUAAAGAGUGGAAGGUGACGCGGCUGACAUUCGAGAUAGACACGGAGCCCUACUCCAGGCAGCGCGAUGCCGAGGUGGUGAGGCUGGCGGCUGAACACGGCGUUGAGGUUAUUCAGAAGGUGUCCAACACUCUCUAUGACACUGACAGAAUAAUUGCUGAGAACAAUGACAAGGUGCCUCUGACCUAUGUGCGCCUGCAGACCCUGGUGGCAGAACUGGGACCCCCGAAGCGGCCUGUGCCAGCUCCCACUCUGGAAAACCUGAAGGAUUGCCGUACUCCCUGCGGAGACAACCACGAUGCAGAGUAUGGGAUCCCUACGCUGGAGGAGCUGGGUCAGGACCCCACGCAGGCAGGUCCUCACCUGUACCCAGGAGGAGAGUCUGAGGCACUUGGCAGGCUCGACUUGCAUAUGAACCGGACGGCCUGGGUGUGUAACUUCCAGAAGCCCCAGACUGAACCCAACUCCCUGAGCCCCAGCACCACCGUGCUGAGUCCUCACCUCAAGUUUGGAUGCUUGUCGGUGCGAACCUUCUGGUGGCGGCUGGCUGACGUCUACCAGGGGAGGAAACACUCCAGUCCGCCUGUCUCUUUGCACGGGCAGCUCCUGUGGAGCGAACUCAGCAGGAUGGAAGGCACCCCCGUCUGUCUGCAGGUGGACUGGGAUGACAAUCCGGAGCACCUCAGAGCCUGGCGCGAGGGGCGGACGGGCUACCCCUUCAUAGAUGCCAUCAUGACUCAGCUGCGCACUGAAGGCUGGAUCCAUCACCUGGCCCGGCACGCUGUGGCCUGUUUCCUGACGCGAGGGGACCUGUGGAUCUCCUGGGAGGAAGGGCAAAAGGUCUUUGAGGAGUUGUUACUAGAUGCCGACUGGUCCCUGAACGCCGGCAACUGGCAGUGGCUGUCAGCAAGCGCCUUCUUCCACCAGUUCUUCCGCGUCUAUUCGCCUGUCGCCUUCGGCAAGAAGACAGACAAAGAUGGAGAAUAUAUCAAGAAGUACCUCCCCUUCCUCCGGCAGUUCCCUGCCGCGUACAUCUACGAGCCCUGGAAGGCGCCGCGAAGCAUGCAGGAGCAGGCGGGCUGUGUGAUUGGCCGAGAUUAUCCCAAGCCCAUCGUGGUGCACGAGGUGGUGAGCAAGAGGAACGUGGAGCGGAUGAAGGCGGCCUACGCCCGGCGAUCGGCCAGCACCACCGCCCAGCUGGAGGGAGGGAGCGGCAAGAAAGGUGCUAAACGGAAGCUCCCAGCUGCUCCGUCUGUAGCUGAACUGCUGACAAAGAAACCAAAGACUAAAAGCUGAAUUCCUCAGCGCGGCCUAUGGACGUGGGGAGAGCCCCAUGCUGGAGCCAGGCACUACACGAGCCCACUUGCGUCCCUCGUGCGCCCUGGACUCUGCCCUAAUCCCUUGACUGACAGCCCUGGC